AUGGAUGGACAAUUGCUGCUUUUCAGCUUAAAGCGUGGUGGUGGUCUCGAUGGUAGUGGGGGUUGCUGCGGUUGCAGUGGUUAUGGGAGUGGUGAUAGUGAUGCUGGUGGCGAUGAUUGUGACGAGGGUGAUGGAAGUGAUGAUAACGAAGAUUGUGAAGGUGGUGGAGCUGGGGUUGGUGACGGUGGCGAUGAUAGUGCUGGUGGUGGGUGUGUGUGUGGGGGAGCGAGGGAUUGGCAAUAA